AUGGCAUUCUAUCAUUCAAUCAAUAAAGUCAUAGCAGGUGAGGAUCAUGUUAACUUCAUCUAUCAAUAUGUAAAGGAUAGCGAUGGCAUUGUUAACGAGUAUAACUAUAGGAAUACUGGCAGUAUAUCGAAAACCCAUAAAUGGAUAAUUGGACCACCUACCAAUUUUCCUAAUUAUGGAGAUUCUUUAAGAACAUUUGUCAUGAGGACUCAUGGUUUCGACAUCUCGACAUCUCCAUGGCAGAAACCUAUACCAAACACAUGUUCUCUUUUUACAGACAAACAAAAUGACAGUGUCAUGUAUUGUAAUUAUAUUGAUCUCGAGUUUCAUGAAGCCGUAUAUCCAGUCAGAGUCUCUAUAUAUGAAGUAUAUAAUCCUGGGUAUGUAACAAAAAUUUGGGCUCAAGGUAAACAACAGUAUCCAGAUGACAUAACUCUCACUAAGAAGAAGCAGUGGGAGAACAACCAAUGGUUUCUAUUAUGGAGUGGACCACCUCAGAAUGCAGUUCCUUUGACAUCGCGGAUAUUUUCGCCGCCUUUAAAGUUCUGUGACUUCAAAACCAAAAUACUCAGACUACAAUUUAUGUACAGCCACUGGGACUAUUCCACACGCCUAGAUGCUGUGAAGCUAAUUGGCACGUCAAAAUUAGUCCUACCUAAAAAUCCUAAACUGAAUUUGACUAAUUUGUUAAAAAGUAUUAACUGCAAGUAUUCUUGCCAUGGGGACAAGCAUAAUUUAACACCUGAUCAUGAAGCUGCACACUUGGAUAUAGUUCAGCUGCAAAAAAAGUUCUCUAAAUAUUGCGUUAUUUGUAAAAGCAAUACAGCAAGCAGUUUUAACACGAGAAAGUUCGGGCGCAAGCAAAUAUCGCAAGAAAUAGAUGUAGCACGUUCUAAGCAAAGAUAUAGAAAUCCAUUUAUUAAGAGAGGCAUUUAUAGGAACUAUUUAUUACGACAUCAUCCAAAUUAUGCAAAGUUAAUAAAAGAUAUCGAACUCUAUUCGAAUGAAUAUAAAGAACAAUCAUGUAGCAGUUUUUCUACGCUUCCCGAUGAAAUAGUACUAAUAAUAUUUAAAAAUUUAGAUAUAAGGUCGUUGUGCCUAUUGGAUGUCAGUUUUUGUAAUGAUCAACAAUAUGAUUCAUACAAUCGACAAUACAAACCAUUAGAAUUUUCGUGUCUCGAAAAUCUAGAAUUUCUAGAGGAUUUAAACCUUAGAGAGAUGUCUAUAGAAACUGAAACUCUUUGCAAAAUAUUGCAAAAAAAUCGCCGGAUGCGUAACUUAAAUUUGAGCACAUGUUGCGACCCAUCAACGUCUUACAAAGAUCGAGAUGCAGUUGCAAUACAAUUGGGAAAUUCGUGUCCAGAUUUGGAAAUAAUAGAUUUAGCGGGCUGUGGUAUUACCUCGCGAGGUAUUAAGGCCCUCGCUGAAUGCAAGAAUUUACGAAAACUGAACAUUUCAUAUACUAAUUAUUUUGGCGGAACCGAUCAGGUUAGUUUACGUAGAUUGUUUUCCUCUUGUCAACUCCUGGAAAAAGUCAAUUUGUUGAAUCUUAAGGGCAACUUCGGCGAACCACUGACGCUGUGUAAAAAUUUAAAACAAAUACUUUUGGAUGUACCUAUCGAGAACGCCGACAGUUUCGCAAUUUUCGAGCAAUGUCCUAAAUUGCAAACGAUCUAUCUUCAAUAUGAGAGGUAUAAUACGACCAAUGGCCAUUUGGUGGCCCUGAAAGAAAAAUACCCACAUUUGUCCAUCUAUGAAUAUAGCCGCACGAGUUACGAAAUGAGCGCGACCUAUGGAUAUUCCGGCGGGGACCUAACUAAUAUAAAUAUGAAUAGAUUCUCAUAA